UUCAAGGGGCCGCACCUGGUGCAGGCGGACGGCGCCGUGCCCUUCUGGGCGCACACGGGCAAUGCCAUACCUAGCGCGGAUCAGAUUCGAAUAACUCCAUCACUGAAAAGCCAGAGAGGAUCAGUGUGGACAAAAAACAAAUCUGUAUUUGAAAACUGGGAGGUUGAGGUGACGUUUCGAGUGACAGGGAGAGGCCGCAUUGGAGCAGAUGGACUGGCAAUCUGGUUUACUGAAGAUCAAGGCCUGGAGGGUCCAGUUUUUGGGGCAGCUGAUAACUGGAAUGGUGUUGGCAUUUUCUUUGACUCUUUUGACAAUGAUGGAAAGAAAAACAAUCCAGUAGUGGUCGUUGUAGGCAACAAUGGAAAACUCCAUUAUGAUCAUCAGAAUGAUGGUUCCACACAGGCACUGGCAUCUUGUCAGAGAGAUUUUCGCAACAAGCCCUAUCCUGUCCGAGCAAAGAUUACAUACUAUCAAAAAACACUGACUGUAUUGAUUAACAAUGGCUUCACUCCAGAUAAAGAAGACUAUGAGUUUUGCGCGAAAGUGGAAGAUAUGAUACUACCACCACAAGGACAUUUUGGAAUAUCUGCAGCAACAGGGGGGCUUGCAGAUGACCAUGAUGUUUUGUCUUUUCUGACUUUCCAGUUGACAGAGCCUGGGAAAGAAGCACCUGUCCCUGAUGCAGAAAUUCCUGAAAAAGAUAAAGAGAAAUAUCAAGAGGAGUUUGAGCAUUUUCAACAAGAACUGGAUAAAAAGAAAGAAGAAUUUCAAAAGGAACAUCCUGAUGUACAAGGACAGCCAGCGGAAGAUAUUUAUGAAAGUGUAAGUGAUCGUGAACUGAGACAAAUCUUUGAGGGGCAGAAUCGAAUUCAUCUUGAAAUUAAGCAACUUAACAGGCAGUUGGACAUGAUUCUUGAUGAGCAGAGGAGGUAUGUCUCUGCAGUGACGGAAGAGAUCGCCAAAAGAGGAGGAUCAGGUGUUCCAGGCCAACAAGGACAGGUUUCCCAGCAAGAGGUUGACACUAUUGUGAAAACUCAAGAGGAGGUCCUCAGACAAGUGAAUGAAAUGAAGAGUUCCAUGGGAGAUACUCUUCGGUUAGUCAGUGGCAUUCAGCACCCAGGGGCUGCAGCGGGAGCCUAUGAAACAACCCAGCACUUCAAUGAUAUCAAAGAACAUCUUCAUGUAGUAAAGAGGGACAUUGAGCAUUUAGUACAGCGAAAUAUGCCUUCAAACGAGAAACCUAAGUGUCCAGAAUUGCCACCAUUUCCAUCAUGUUUAUCUACAACGCACUUCUUUAUAUUCGUAGCAGUACAAACAGUGUUGUUCAUCGGUUAUAUCAUGUAUAGGACCCAGCAAGAAGCAGCAGCCAAAAAGUUCUUUUGAUGACUUGUUCAUUUUGUGUGUACAAUCCUGCUGUAUGUAUGCACAGAACAUCACCCAAGUCUGUAAAUGAGGGAAAUUUUAGUGUUUAAAAAUACUUCAUUAUUGUAAAUUAUUGAAUUUUUGUUAUACAAAGUGAAUUCAAGUUAAGCUGUUAAUACAAUGGUUUAAAAACAGACCUGAAAGCUGUGGGGCAAAUAAAAGGAAAACUUGUGGGCCCAUCCUACUUUUUCUUUUUAAUUAAGUUUCUAAUAGAUACUGCAUGAUACUCCUAUUGUUUUGCCAACAGUUUCUCAAGAUAAAGAAUUGGGGUACUUGGGUUCGGUUGCUGUUGAUGAACAUUGGACACACAAGGAUUCACAAAAAAAAUACCACUAAAUCGCCACAUAUCAGAUUCAUGUUUUUGGGGUUUUUUUAAUGAACUGCCGCUUUCCUCAGUAUUCCAUUUUGGUGUCGGGGGGAGAAGCAUGAAAAAGUGUUUCAUUUUUCUAUUUGGAUUUGUCACUUUGGCUAUGAUUCAGUGACUUGUUUCUGCAAUAAUAAGUUUCUGCAAACAAUUUUUAUAAUAUGUGUAUGAUGAAAGAUAAAGGUAUUUUAAUAACAGCCCGACUAGCAUCUUCUUGAGUAUAAAACAAAAGCUCUCUGUAUGGAGGAAGCCAACAAAGGCUUGUCAUUUUGGUUUUAGGAAUGGUUUGUGGGUGGUAGGGGGUUUCUUUCUAGGGCUUUUUUGUUUGUUUUCCAGACUUUUUUUGUUCUUGUUUUGAGGCUGUUGGGGAAGAUGGGAUUUUCCAGUUGCCUGGUAGUAUUUGUGAAGCAUGUUUUGUGGGAUCAGUAUGUUUUUAAGCCCAAGUCUUUUUAUGGUUUUGUUUAGUGUGUCAUAGAAUCUCCUUUCAACAAAGAUUAUAUUGCUUGUGCCUCAAAAAUCCAGUUGACAUAAUGGCAUAUUUAGGUGGGGAAUGCUCCUUUAUUUUUUUGAUAAGGCUGUUGUCUUUCAUGAAUCAACAGAAAUAUCAUAGCAGAUACUUUAGUCAAUAUUCUACACAGGUAUUCAAAACUAGGAGUAUUAUGUAUGUGUUUUAAGUAUUUUUUUCAGAAGCUGUUGCCUCAGAUGUGUUCUGUUGUUAAUUCAGCAGUUCUUACUCAUGCAAGCAUUGUGAGAGUUCACUGUUUAAGUGUUCGGUCUUAUGCGUUUGAACACUCUUCAAUAUUGUUAUCAUGUGAGCUUUUGCUCCAGGAUGGAAAUGGAGCAAAUAUUUAAAAUUAGGAAUAAAAACAGAUUCAGUCUGCCUUGUUUACAUAUCCAUAGCAAUCUGUCCUUGAGUAGCUCUCUGUAGAGUUCAGAUAUAAUUCUUAAAUUGUAAAUCACAUGAUGAAAACUGAAUGUUUAAUGUUUUUAAUUACACAAUCAGUUUAUCUCUUUAUACCUGAAAAAAAUUGUGUACAUUUUAAAUUCUGUACAACUUUUAACUCAGUUGAAAGAGACAACAUAUGCUGCCAAGUUCAGUGUUACAAAAAAUUUGUUAAUAUUGUGCCUGAUAAUUUGGAGGGACAAUAAAUCUAUGCAAUAUACUUUUUUUUCUUAAACUGUAUAGUAAUAUAGAAAUCUGCUAUACCAACAAAAUGUGAUUCCCUCCAUACAUAUUUAUAUGGCUAUGAUGUGACCAACUUUUUGUAAAUGGUAUAGCUUAAUAAAUUUAUUGCUAAAUUAUAAGAAGGCUAUGUUUGCUACAGCUGUAAGCUGUGCUGCAAUAAGCUGCACUAAGCAAAAAGUACUGGCUCAAACUAAUCUUGCUGGAUAAAAAGGUACAAGUCCAAUGAUGGAACCCUUUCACUGAGUCGGAAUUACACAGCACGGUUAUUAAACUGCUCGCAUCUCUCACCAGCAAGCAUCUACAGGUGCCUUGGGCUAGACUAUUACAAUAUUGACCCUUUUUCAUUGAUCUAAGUUAUUGUAAAAGAAAUGGUUCAAAAGGUGACUAAAAUGCACAGCAUUGCUUCUUUCACCCUAAGCUUUAAGCUUCUCACCACCAGUGCUAAAUACAACAAAACUCCUACUCUAAUGGUAGACUUUGUAGCACUCUUACGCAGAAGGAAUAGACCUCAUAUGCACUUCUUUUCAGGAUAUAUUUGGCUUGGUGAUAAAUAGCUCUUUAAGACUUCCUCUAAUUAAUGUGCUUAUUCCUUGACACUGUGAAUCUCUCCAGCUAUGACUUAUUGUUCAGUUUGAAAAUGAAAAUGUUGAAGGUAACCAGCGGUAUUGUAUCUUGUGUUGAACAAGCUGCAACUUAAAAUUAUGUUUACAGUGUACCGUUCAAAUAAAGUGUUUGUUUGCUGGUUG